UGAAACACGCACACAUGCAGUCUGGCACCGGCAACCUGUAGGAAUGAUCUUCUGAAUGCUAAUGCUUUUUUUCUUUUCUUUUCACUGAAUGGUUAGAAUCUGCAGAGCUUUAAAAGGAUUGUUUAAAGUUGGAUGCAAUUAGGAAAAUAAUCUUUAGAAAGUUUGGGGACCCUUCGAACCGCUCAACAAGAUGGAAAGUGUAUUGAAGAUGUUGCAUGUCGACUUGCUUCUGUUAACUGUCUGUUUCGGUGUGGGGACAGCACGUUCGGACAGCAUUGUGGGUAAGAGACAGUAUCAGAUCCAAAACGGGCAAUGCAGCUACACCUUUCUGCUGCCUGAACAGGAGAACUGCCAGAGCUCAAGUAGUGGCUACAAUUAUCCAGUUCAAAAGGACGGGCCUACAGACAAUGACCAGUCAGUUCAGAGACUACAACAGCUGGAGAUGGUUAUGGAGAACAACACACAGUGGCUACUCAAGCUACAGAACUACAUCCAAGGAAGCAUGAAGAAGGACAUGGUCCAAAUUCAACAAAGUGCGGUACAAAAUCACACGGCUACAAUGAUUGAAAUAGGAACAAACCUGCUUAGUCAAACUGCAGAGCAAACAAGGAAACUCACCAACGUUGAAGCACAGGUAAUCAAUCACACGACGCGACUCGAGCGACAACUCCUUGAGAAUUCCUUGUCAACAAAUAAGUUGGAAAAACAACUCAUUGUCCAAACCAAUGAAAUAAACAAGCUAAGCGACAAAAACAGCUUACUGGAAAACAAGGUAAAAGAUUUGGAGGAGCAGCGGAAGGGAGAGCAGAAGGUGCUUAAAGAAGAAAAGGAACAGCUUCAAACAUUAAUACAAAGGCAGACAGCCAUAAUUGGCGAGCUGGAGCAGCAGUUGCUCAGAGUGUCAUCCAACAACAGUGUCUUGCAGCAUCAGCAACAGGAGCUCCUGGAGACUGUCAACCACCUAAUUUACACCUUCUCUAUCGGCACAGCCCGAGAGACAAAAACCCCUAUGAUGCAGGAUACGCCCACCACAUUCAUGGACUGUGCUGCGGUCUUCAAAUCGGGAAACACCAAGAGUGGGGUCUAUACUCUCACUUUGCCUAAUACUACCCUGGAGGUUAAGGCUUUCUGUGACAUGGAGAUGGAGGGAGGUGGUUGGACGAUACUACAAAAACGCUUUGAUGGCAGUGUUGACUUUCACCGUACGUGGCAAGAGUAUAAAAAAGGUUUCGGAGAUCCUUCGGGUGAAUUCUGGUUAGGAAAUGAAUUUGUCUCCAUGCUGUCAAGCAAGCACUCAUAUAUCCUACGGAUCCAAUUGAGUGACUGGGAAGGGACCUCUGCAUUUUCCCAAUAUGACCAGUUUUCUCUUGAUGGUGAAGGACAGAACUACAGGAUACACCUUAAAGGCUACAGUGGAACAGCAGGCAAAAUAAGCAGCAUCGGGCUGCCAGGAAGUGAUUUCACUACAAAGGAUGCAGACAAUGACAAAUGUGUUUGCAAAUGCUCACAACUGACAACAGGGGGUUGGUGGUUUGAUGCUUGCGGGCCAUCCAAUUUAAACGGCAUGUAUUACCAGCAGGGCCAAAACUCCAAUCGCUUUAAUGGCAUCAAAUGGUACUACUGGAAGGGCUCAGGAUACUCACUGAAGACUACAACAAUGAUGAUCAGACCGACAGACUUCUAGGUUUAACCAUUUUAUGUGUCACUCACACUUUAAGCAAGAUUGGGAAGGAAACUCAGACGGACUUGCGCAAAAGGCAAAACAAAGCUAUGGAGUCCACUGUAGACAAAGCACCAUGGGGCGUUUCUAAAAAGACUAGAAAAAAAAUUAUUUUGUUAUAUAUGUUGUACAAUGACAAUAAAGAUUGUAUCUAUUGGGGAAAGCAUCAUUUGGUGCAUCAGCAAGUUAAAGAUCUAAAACGAAACAUAACAUUAAA